AUGGUUGUCUACGGUUGCUCUCACACCACAUACCAGCAAAACAUGCUCCCUCUUCACCGACUCCAGCUUGCUGUCACUAAACGCAGUUUGGUUGAACUUUACAUCUCUUUACCAUUUUUGCAAAUGACUACUCAUGUGGAGAAUGAAAUCUCUGUAAUGAAACAUAUUAGGAAAGCCUUGGAUAUCCUGAAGUCAGAAUUUGCUGCCUGUUUGCUUACCUGUUGUUUGCUGUUCUACGUAGAGUGCAUGGACGAGUUCUUCCUGCACGAGGGGAAGUGUGUGCAGGACUGCCCUUCUCACUUCUAUGCUGAAGACAAGCACUGCUUUCCCUGCCAUGCAGACUGCAAGGAUUGUGACGGGCCGGACUCGGACGACUGCACUGAGUGUGCCAUCGACUUCUUUGUCCUCUACAGUGGCAUGUGUUUUGAAGAGUGCCCUGAAGGGACUUACUAUGAAGAAGAAACUGAAGACUGCCAAGGUUGGCAGCUGUUGUUUUCCCCAGAACGAAAUGGCCUCAUGCUGAACCAUGAUGGGCACUGUGUGGCAUCUGGAUACUGCUCUCGCACCGAGUACUACGUUGAGAAAACUCAGACCUGCAAGCCUUGUCAUAAGAAAUGCUUCCACUGCUCAGGACCCACCGAACACCUGUGUCUUAGCUGUGCGAAUAACCGCUAUCUGCUCAAUACAACUUGUGUUGAAACAUGCCCAGAUGGGUAUUACGCUGACAGCGAUGAGCGACAAUGUUCCCCAUGCCACAGUGCCUGUGUCACUUGCACUGGGAAACACAGCUCGCAGUGCCUUUCCUGCAAACCGGGCUGGUACAGACAAGGAAAAGGAUGCCUAAACCAGUGUCCAUCAGGGUAUUUUGCACAAAACUCCACUGGAUCAUGUGAGAGAUGCCACAAGGGCUGUAAGGAGUGUAUGGGGCCUCAACCCACAGACUGCCUUUUCUGCGAUACAUAUUUGUACCUGUUGCGCUCCAAGAACGAAUGCGUUAGCUCUUGUCCUGAGUAUUACUACGAAAGCAAGGACAACAACGUCUGCGAAAGAUGCCACCCUUCCUGCCGGACUUGUGAAGGGAAGGGAGCAUUCAGCUGCACAUCUUGUGUAUGGAGCUACAGUUUAUUAAGUGGAAUGUGCAACUCGGACUGUUUUGUAGGUGAAUACAAAGUCCAGGGGACACCAGGACAAGAGGAGGACGAGCCCAAGUGUGAGAGAUGUGACAGCUCAUGCACGGAGUGCAAGGGACCUGGGCCUCUCAACUGCACCAUCUGCCCAGCCAGCAUGCAGCUCUACCUGGAAGAAAGCCGCUGCCUGCCCUGCUGCGGCAACUCGGACCUAGCAGGCACCCCAGAGUGCUGUGACUGCAGUGAAACACAAGAUGACUGUGUAUUACGGACCACUCUAACACCAGAGAGGAAAAGCAAAACUACUUUCUUUGUUAUUACCUGCAUUUUGCUUCUCCUUAUCAUUGGUGCCAUUGUAUUCAUCUGGAGAAAAUCAAAAGCCAAAACCCAGGCUGUCAAUAAAGGUGGGUAUGAGAAGCUGACAAAUCACUCCAAAACCUUUCCUUCCUAUGUGAGCAACUAUUAUGAGAGUCCCAGUUACCAAGAAGAUCAAGUGAUUGAGUACAAAGAUCGAGAUAAUGAAGAUGAUGAUGAAGAAGAUGACAUUGUAUAUAUGGGCCAGGAUGGCACAGUCUAUCGCAAAUUUAAAUACGGACUUUUGGAGGAUGAUGAGGAAGAUGAGCUUGAAUACGAUGAUGAAAGUUACUCAUUUAGAUAA